GAAUUUCUUUCCCUACUCUCUCCUCAACGGCUACGUCUAAUUCCAGAGCCUAAAUUAGUAACUUCAGCAAAAUAUGGGCGAACUUCAACAGCUGUAUUACCUACCCCCACCUCCACUGCCACCACCAACGGCACCGCCGCCGACGCCGCCUCCACCGCUGUCAUCACAUGAUGAACGUUCUCCAUCUGCUUCACAUCAAGAGCCUCCUCCUUCUCCUCGCUUCGAUCCUAGCCGAAUGGUUGGUAUAAUAAGAAGAAAGGCAUUGAUAAAGGAUCUGGCUGCGGUGUACCACGCGGAGUGCCUAACAUACUGCCAGGAACUUUUGGAACUCCAAAGCAAAUUAGAAGAGUCUCACACAGAUCUGAAAAUUCCAGAGAAUUCCAAGAAAGAAACCAUAAGGCCCCCAAAACGCCUGAAGAAAUCUCGUUGACUAUCAUUACAAUUGUAAGGUUCAUCCUUUUUUUUUUCCAUUUGUUCUCUUUGUAUGCAACUAAGACCAAAAGUGUACACUGUGGAGGAGGAUUAAAAUAGUGUUAAAGAAUCUGGUCCUGAGCAAAUAAAGAACAGGUGUUGAAAGGUCACUAUACCUGAUUUCAGUUUUCUUUUGGGGCAGUGUGCACUAGUGUAAAUAUCUUCAAAAGCUGGAGCUACUGGUGAGCCUUAUGGUAUAGCAUGGCUGGUUGACCUUUUACUCCAAUCUGUAAUGCAUGAAAUUCUUGAAAUUGAAACUUAUACUAAGCUGCUCAAAAUGAACUUUCUUUGUAGAAACUGAAACAGGGUAGUCAGAAAGUUUGAGAGUUUGAUCUUCAUACUGCUGGACAAAAUAUUAUGACUUGGGAAAUUUGAAGAUGUUGCAUUCUGUGAUUGUAAUAGAGGAACAGAAUAACCCUGUUUACAUGUGAGAUCAUCGACAGAGAAGAGGAGGUAGAUGCUAGUAGUUCCCCUGGCUUUGCAGAUUGGAUAGGUUAAAUUUGCUUAUUUUCACUGGUUGCAUAUCGCCUGGCUGUUUUUGUGGCGCUAGAAAUGUUGAAAUGAUGUUUUUGGUGUAAAAAUUGAUAGAACCUGUAUGUAUCAAAUUAGUUUAAAGCAUUCUCUUAAUUAGUGAAGAAUGCACUUCUCAGAAAGUCAUCUAUUCAUGUUAUCUAAUUUUAAGAUGAAGAAGAGCCUAUUUUUACA